AUGGCCGUACGAAACAAGCGUACAAGAACAAAGACGAGAAGGAGGAGGAGGGAUCUUGACCAAAUCAAAGCCGACCUUACCUGCCCAAAGCAUCUCGAGGGUUACAAGAACACCAAAUCCUCGGAGGACUUACCGGGCUCCGGGCGGUGGUAUUGUGUUGAAUGUGCCAAGUGGUUUGAGACCGAAUCAACCCUGCUGGCCCACCAGCGGAGCAAAUUUCACAAACGCAGGGUCAAACGACUUCAAGAGACUCCAUAUACUCAAAAGGAAGCUGAGGCUGCGGUUGGUCUCCAGACGGAUAACACCGACCCAUUGAAGGUCAAGCACGAAGCUGGGAAUGAGAUUGAAAUGAUGAUCUAA